AUGGCCCGCGCCAAGAUGGCUUGCGCCAAAGUGUCCCUGCGCCAAAGUGUCGCUGCGUCAAAAUGUCUCGCGCCAAGUCGGCCGCGCCAAGUCGGCCGCGCCAAGUCGGCCGCGCCAAUGAUAAGGUCCCAAGUGUCGGAAGAAUACGAUUACUACCCGGACGAAAGCUCCGAGAAGGCAGAACCGACUCCAACGAAAACGGCCCCUGAUAACGAAUUAACACAUGUGCGCACUAAAAAUUUAAGUGGUAAUGUCAAAUUAACUACUUUACAAGUACUUACUACAAACACACCACUUGAUAAAUUAAACAAUGAGUUCGAGAAUGAAGAGGAGCAUAUUUUGGCCGGGGCCACCAGUGUGCCGGGAACAUGGAGUGAAAAUAAACAGGCCGAAGUUCAAACAGUCCCAGAAAAUCAACAGAAUGUUGCUUUAUUGUCCGAACUUACGACAAAAGCUCCGACAGAUGGUAUGGAAUCGUUCGGUUUGAUGGAUGUUUUUAACAGCACAUCUGGCACUUUGCCCGAUCAGGACGGUACAGAAAAACUAAUCACUGCCACGCCGUUAAAUUUCGAACUAAUUCACGAGGAGGCAGACUCCACCACGUCGAUUAGUUUCCCUGAAAAAUUUGUCACAGGAAAUUCGGGUUUAGAUGAUGAAUUCGAAAAGGUAUUUGGCGCCAUUUCCACACAAACAGCUGAUUCGGAGGAUUUCGCCCAAAAAGGGACAGCGGAAGUUAGUUUUAUUGGUGGUAGUAUUUCAGCAACGCCGACAGAUAACCCUGGGAAAAGUACGGUGGACGGCUUUAUGAAUGAAAAAGAUAUGGCAACAGAUUUUAUUACAACGCAACGCUACUUUGAAGAAUCGAGUGAAAACAGGAUCGAAGAAAUGGAAACGUCAUCCACGUUUCAACAACCAAUGACGGUUAUGACAAGCACGUAUCAGUACCGAUCUGAAAGAGUUGAUUCACCGAGUGGAGACGCUUUUACUACCUCCAUCAGCGACCCUUCAAUCGUUACAGAGAACAAUGCUCACGAAACAAAAAUAAACACUCAGCUUGGAAAUAAAUAUUUGGUUACCGAUAACGAAUUGGCAACGACGGAAGAAAUUCGGGCUAAAUUAAAUUAUUUGAAUUUGAUUGUUAACACUGAGAAGGAUUUAGAUCAAAGCCGUGAAGAUAUCGAAAAUCUGUCUUCGUUUAUAGAUGUUGAUGAAGAAUUAUUGAAAGGUGUGAUCGAUGAGAGUGAAGAAAAGACAAAUUUGGAUGAAAAUAUUGAGGAUGUGUCAAUGAUUCUUAAUAAUUAUGACGAGAAAAAUGACAAGGAAAUGACUGACAAUUUUCAGUUUACUGUAACUAGUAGGGACGUCUUGGCUACAGAGCAGACCAAUGAAUUAAAUUACAGAACAACAUUAACAACUGAACAGAUGCCUAUGAUUGCAGAAAGUACUGUAAAAACCACUGAAAAGUUGAACGAAUUUCAAUUUCAAAAUUCAGCAUCUACUUUAGACUUCCAAGAGCAAAACAGUGAAGUCAAUUAUAGAAUCACGUUAACAACUGAAGAAAUGCCUGUAGUUACAGAAAAUGUUAACUCUGAAAGCACCCCAGGAAUAACCGAAAAAUUAAACAAACUCGAAUUUCAAAAUUCAGCGUCUACUUUAAACUUUCAUGAGACGACAGAGUACAAUCACCUGGAACAAGAUACAAAACAAACCCAAACUGAAGAUUUCGGAAAAUUUACCCCUUCUUUUACAGAAGCAACAACAUAUAGAAUGUUUGAGUAUACUUCAAUUCCUUUGACAACUGAAGAGUCCACAGAAACUAAAACGAAUAAUCUACACAUAGAUGAGUUUAGAACUGUUGCAAAUAACGUUGUUGACACAAAACCAGCUGUGUUCAACGAAAUGGUGACAGGUAGCACUUUUUCAACGCCUGAAACUACAUUAAGGAAUUCAGCACCUACUUUAAACUUUCAUGAGACGACAGAAUACAAUCACCUGGAACAAGAUACAAAACAAACCCAAACUGAAGAUUUCGGAAAAUUUACCCCUUUUUUUAAAGAAGAAACAACACAUAGAAUGAUGGAGUAUACUUCAAUUCCUUUAACAACUGAAGAGUCCACAGAAACUAAAACAAAUAAUCUACACAUGGAUGAGUUUACAACUGCUGCAAAUAACGUUGUUAACACAAAACAAGCUGUGUUCAAUGAAAUGGUGACAGGCAGCAUUUUUUCAACUCCUGAAACUACAUUAAGAAAUUCAGCACCUACUUUAAACUUUCAUGAGACGACAGAAUACAAUCACCUGGAACAAGAUACAAAACAAACCCAAACUGAAGAUUUCGGAAAGUUUACCCCGUCUUUUAAAGAACAAACAAUGCAUAGAAUGUUUGAGUAUACUUCAAUUCCUUUAACAACUGUAGAGUCCACAGAAACUAAAACGAAUAAUCUACACAUAGAUGAGUUUACAACUGUUGCAAAUAACGUUGUUAACACAAAACCAGUUGUGUUCAAUGAAAUGGUGACAGAUAACAUUUUUUCGACGCCUGAAACUACAUUAAGAAUUGCCACCAGUUCAUGGUUACCCAAUUUUAACACGUUAAAUGAAGAAGAAAUGACAGACAACAGUCAGAAAAUGACUACGGACAACAUUUUUAAAAUAACUUCCACUGAAACAACAAGAAAUAAUGAAGUAACAAGGACUGCCAAUAAUAUUGUUAACACAACGCCAGUGGGAGAUUUUUUGCAGCGUAAUGACAACAUUUUUUCGACGCCUGAAACUACAUUGGGAAUAUUUACUAGUUCAUGGUUACCCAAUUUUAACACAAUAAAUGAAGCAGAAAUGACAGAUAACAGUCAGAAAACAACUUCGGACAACGUUCUUAAAAUGACUUCCACUGAAACAACUGGAAAUAAUGAAGUAACAAAUGAGUUUACAACAAUUGAAAAUAACAUUGUUAACACUAAACCAACGGACGAUUCUUUGCAAAGUACUACAUUCGAUAAAAUGGUGACAGACAGUAUUUUUUCGACGCCUGAAACUACACUAAAAAUCGCUGCUUCUUCGUGGUCACCCAGUUUUACUAACACAAUAAAUGAAGAAGAAAUGGCAGUUACCAGUGAUAAAGUAACUACGGAUAACAUGUUUAAAACAACAUCCACUGAAACAACAACAAAUAAUGAAGUUUUCGCUGAAACUGUCGCUGGGACAUCCGAAGAUAGUUCAUCCGCAUUUUCAGUUAGCAGAACAACCGAAGAAUUUCAAGAAACUCAUGACACUACAUCCACAACUCAGUCGCAAGAUAUUUCUAAAUACUCAAACGUGGUAACAGAGUUUAUUUUAACUUCAAAUUUUGUGUUAGUUCAAGAUAAAACAAAACCAUCUUAUGAAGUAUCGUCCACCGAAAAUAAUUUGAAAGUGGAUGGCAUAGUACGAAUUGGUAAAGAAUUUUCAAUUUCAACUCAAGAAAGUUUGACAAAAAAGGACGAUUUAUUUACAGCUGAAACAGAACAAACUUCUGUUAGCAGUGCUGGACGGACAACACCGGUGUUUACUACAAAUACAAUAUUGGAUUCAGGAAUAACAGAAGUUACUUUUUCUGAAAACUCUUUUCAUGAUGAGGAAAAAUUUACUACAAAAACUGAUUUCACGGUUAGUGACAAGGUAACCACAGAACUUGAAAUCUUCACACAAACAUCAGAAAUGCCUUUAAGAUUUGAAACAGAAGUAAUGAAAAUGUCUACUAACACAAUUCCAGACAGUGAAAAUAACGACAUCACAGUGACAGAAAUAUAUACUCCAACAGAACACGAAGAAGUUAGUACUACAGAUAAUAAAGACUACGAUUUAUUCACAACCACUAAAACUUAUGAAAGUUCGACUGUCAACGAAGUGAAAACUACAACUUUUUCGUAUGAACAGAAGUUGCAGGAUGAUUUAGUAAAAUUGAUAACAACAGGAUUUUCAAGUUUUCUCGAAAGUUUCAUGCAGAGUACUGCAAAUGAAACUGAAACAGCAACAUUGUCAAACAGUCAAGAAAUUUCGAAAAAUAUCGAUAUGACCACAACAGAAAAUACAGAAAUAAUAAACGAAUCUACUGAGUUUGAAGAAGCUAGUAAAGAAAAUAUAAUUGAUGAAAAUUUUGACAAAAUCGACGAAUACUUAACGUCAAGCUGGAAACUAGAGGAAGAAAAUUUUGAAACUGCAACCAAAGAGAAUUCAGUUACACUUUCCGACACGGCAGACGAAAUGGACGAAAACUCGAAAGCUGAAACGUCUACAAUAUUUUUAAAGCAAACAUUCGCGAACACCGCCGAAGAAUAUUUUAAAGCCACAACAACCACAGUUACCCAAAGUAUUAAAAUGUCAACUAUAGUAGACAGUUUAAUUAACUCCGUCGACAAAAAACAAGAUUUUAAUCCAACACAAAGUCCGUCAGAAAAAAUGGAAAUGAAGGAGACGGAACCCCAAGUUACGGCAAAGAUGGAUGGCAAGACUUUAUACUUCAGCAUCAAAAUUACUGAUAACGUAAGUGACAGUAAUUUAAUUUAA